AUGGGCAAAGAAGGCACACAAAAUACACUUCUCGUACUAGGUGGUUCAUACGGAGGCAUAUCCACAGCUCACUAUCUCCUUAAGCACGUCGUACCGAACCUGCCUGUCCCAGAGUCGUACCAAAUCAUUCUCGCUAGCUCUUCUUCACAAGCACUAUGUAGACAAGCUUGUCCACGCGCUCUUAUCUCGAAUGAGAUGUUCAAUCAAGAGAAACUCUUCGUCAGCAUUCCAAAAUCCUUCGCUCAAUAUCCCAAAGACCGGUUUCGGUUCAUCCAGGGUACCGCGACAAAUCUUGACCAUAGCAACCGGACUGUCUCCGUCACCUUGAAGCAUGGAGAAGUUGAAGUCAUAGAGUUCCAAGCUCUUGUUAUAGCCACCGGUGCAUCUACACCUUCCCCUCUCCUUGGUCUCAAUCAGGACGAAGAUGCUUUGCGAGCAAGCUGGGCCGAAUUUCGAAGAGGUCUUGCAUCCGCCAGGAGUAUUGUCAUUGCGGGAGGUGGUCCAGCUGGUAUCGAGACGGCUGGAGAAUUGGGAGAAUACUUGAAUGGCCGAGCGGGCUGGUUCAGCUCCAAAAUGAAAGAUCCAAAAGUUCCAAUCACUGUCGUGACCAGUGGAUCCACUAUCUUACCAUGUCUUCGACCCGCUCUUGCGAGUGUAGCCGAAGGAUACCUCUCGAAGGUUGGUGUGACUGUCAUAAAGAACAAGAGGGUUCAAAAUGUGACACCAGAGUCUGGCGCGCCUGGAAGCCUCACGACGAAGACGACAAUCACUCUCGACAAUGGCGGAACUCUCAGUACUGAUCUUUACAUACCUGCCACUGGUACGAAACCAAACACCACUUUCGUUCACAAGACGCUCUUGGUGGCUGAUGGUCGUAUUGAUACCAACCCAUCGACCCUACGAGUAGAAGGUGCAGGGCCUCGAAUCUAUGCAGUAGGAGAUGUCGCAUCAUAUUCUCGGCCAGCCGUCCAUAUACUUCUUGAGGCUAUCCCAAUUCUUGGUACCAACAUGAAGCGCGAUCUUCUUCAAGCAGCUGGACGAGCACCAGUUCCAGCAGAAGACAAAAUCUUCAAGGAAGACGUUCGGGAAACUCAGCUGGUACCGAUCGGGAAAAUUAAAGGCGUGGGUGCUAUGAUGGGAUGGAGAGUACCCAAUUUUUUCGUGUGGUUGUUGAAGGGAAGGGAUUAUUGGUUAUGGACGACGGGUGAUGUAUGGAGCGGAAAGCAAUGGGCCAAGGCCUAG